AUUAAUUUAUAAACAAAAGAGUAGGCGACAUGAAUGCCAAAGAAAGAUGACAUGCUUAAGGACAGCAGUUGUGGCAAGUCAUUCUUUCACAAAUUUUCGCAGUGAGCAGAGCUCUUGAAAGUAGAAAAUAAAAAAAAGUAAAAAUUAAAUUCCUCUCUUUGAGUCGUUGUGUCGAGCAAUCUUUGGUUUUUCGCAUUCCCAUCCCCGCGCAAGUAGUUCCAAGAGCAGUGUAACUGUAACUAUAAUUGUUAGCCACAAGAAGACACGAAGAGACAAGAGAAGAGAAUAGAAGAAAUGGUUCCAGUUACCAAGCCGAACACCAAGGAGGUGCAGUGCCAGCUCGCCACAUGUGACGAAUCAAAGCAACAGCAGGAGGUCAUUGUGACCCCAAAGAGUGGACGCGUGGGCAUCUUCAAUGCCGAGGACUUUUUGUCCCGUGCCCAAAUGAACGACAAGAUCAACAACAUCUUACGAUCACCCACCAAGGCUCCAAACGGCGUUCGCCAACGCUCCGUGUACACCAACAACAAUCCAUCGCCGCAGUCCUCGAUGCGCUUGUCUGGAACAGCUGCUUCGCUAUCAUCGCGGAUGAGCAGCAUGUCGCUGAACAGCGGCAGUGCUAGUGUGGGAACCAACACCGCCGUGCUGGCCAAGGAGUGUUCCAGCCAAACCAACGCCAGUGGUGGCGCUGCAUCGUAUAGGGGAAUUGGCAUGGCCAUGCACCACUCGCAACCGCUGCUCACAGCGAUUGCCCCCGACUUGGAGCCGAUUGUCCAUGGCACAAAAUCAUUAACUGCUCGCUAUGCUACUCCCUAUGGGUAUGAGAACGGCGGCGCUUAUUGUCCACCACCACCGCAACCACAAAUGCACCAUACUCAGCAAUAUCCUUCGCCAAUGCCUCCACCACCUCAUGCUUUGGGACGUGUCAGCUCGCGUACCUUUGAGUUUGAGAACAGCCCACCACCACCACCACCUUGUCCCGGAUCCGGUCCGAUUGCCAUGUCCAACGGCACAAUUCAGCUGCGUUUACGCGAAGGUGUCCGCAUUGACAUGACUCUGGACAAGGCAGUGCGUGUCCUGAAUCAACGCAGCAUGGUGGCUGUCUCAUUGUCCCGCAAUGGCACAAACUCGGCCCUAAUUCAUCCUAAUGGAAGAAUUCUGCAGAGCGGCUCGAAGGUGGAAAUUGUCACAUAUGACGGCAUGAAAACCAACAACUUUGUGCGUUACGCCAAAAUGUGGUACAAGGGUGUGAGCUUCACUAGCGAAUCCUGCGCUUUGAUUUAUCUGGUGGACACCGCUGGAACACGCACAACAACCGACACUUUCACUGACCUGACUAAGGAUUACACUUUGGCAGUGUUUUACGACGACUCACGUCACGGUCCCUCCUUUGUGCCGGAUGCACAGGAGGUGAUUGCUAAAUCAUCGUACAGUUGUGCCGAUGACGGCACUGAGAUGUACGACAUUAAUGGCUUUCGCAUCAUUCAGGCCGCUGACGGCCUGGUAAAGGUAACUCGUCAGCAUAACAAGGGCCUGAUUCGCACCAGCCCUGGAAACGGAUCCGUUACUCUGACCACUCUUGGCAUCCAUUGCACCGCCUCCUUGGGCAAAACCUCUCACCUGUUUUUGCGUCGCAAUGAGAAACGCAUGCACUUUGAUGGAUCCAAUUUCAUAGUACGCAAUGCCGGACACUCGGCUGGAUUUAACGAGAAUAACCUGCUGAUUGUGUAUUAACUUGGCUUCGCCCUAAAACACAACCGCACACUUCCUGGACACAUACACAUACAGACAAAUCCAAUGCAGUUUUUUUAGGGACCGUUACGCUGGCCUAGCUUGGAGAGGGAUAAUCAGUAAAAAUUGGAUAAACCACAGAAAAAAAAAGAAAUGAAACAAAAAAUAAGGCUCGCAAAAAGGCGCGAGAAACGCCAAAGACAUCCUGAUCGAUAGAAUACGUGUAAGAAUACCGCACUUACAACCCUAUCAAUAUAAUUGACUGGAUACAUCAGAUCUUGGAUGUCUUUCGUUACUCGACGUAAGCGCAACGCAACUAAAAAGGAAUUCGUUUUUAGUUAAAUUUUCAUAAUCGAACUUUUUGAUAUCAGUGAAAAAAUAGUAAAUAACUUUGGGGCGUUUGUCCACUGCCCUGCCUACUAAUUGAAAACGCUGGUCAAUUUGGCUAUUGAAGAGUACUAGCGUUUUAAUUUUUAAGGCUCAUUUCAAUUUUUGAAAAAAGAAAAAAUCCACAAAUAGUAUUUAAAAAAAAAUUAUAAUAAUAAUAAGAAGUACAUAUAUUAAGGAAAGCCUUAAAAAUUUUUCACAUGCUAUCCAAAUUUGUAACACAAGGGACGUUCAACGUAAGACACGAGACGAUGUGUGUAUGUUCAACAAUUAGUAGGCAGUGGUCUUAAGAGGUGGCUGUCCCUCUGAGCGCUGCACUGAUAAGGUGACAGCGCCAGUGAUAAAUAUAGUUAACAGUUAAUGUUAAGAUUAGUUUGUAGUUUUUUUGCAAUCCAAACUGUUCAUCCACAUCAAUGCUAACAUAUGAAAGUGAUAUAUUGUUACAUUAAGAAUGGCAAAUUCAAAGUGUACACAAUACACAAAUAGAAUAUACAUGAAGGACACACGAGAAAAGUGAGAAUUACAAAA